GAACAAAAACGACAUUUCUACGACGCCGUUUCAACGCAUGCAGCUACCGCUAUUCGGCAGCCCCUAUGGGAUAUGGUAUCAUCAUCAUUUAUCACUCCAAACGUGAAUGCUUGUUUUCUUUCUCCAAUUUACAUGGUAAUCAAAUCAAAUGCUCUGUUAUUUUGGUUAUGGCACUUCCCUCGCAAUUGAUGUGCCUACAAAUUCAUGGUUAUUCAGUCAUAUGAUCUUAGCUUUAGGUGGUGAUGUUGGUGGUGGCAACUGCAAGUGCGAGAGGCGUGCCUCCCAAGAGGCGCCACGUCAUCACCAGCACCAGCGGCAGUAGAUUCUUCGGCUGGAAGCUCCUCAUCCUGCUCUGCGUUUCACUCUCCUGCGUCCUCGUUUUGGCCGCUCUCUUUUCUCUUCACUCCUCUUACCUCUCCGACGCUGAUAGCUCCAACCACUUCAAGGUAACGCGAUCAACGGUUUCUAGAACCUUCCACGGCCCCCCUAAGAUCGCCUUCUUGUUCCUCGUUCGCCAAAACAUCCCCCUUGAUUUCCUCUGGCAUGUCUUCUUCAAGAACGGUAACGUUGCCAAGUUCUCGAUUUACGUUCAUUCGGCGCCAGGGUUCGUGUUGGAUGAGUCAACUACGAGGUCGAGCUUCUUCUACCGUACACAAAUCUCCAAUGCCAUUCAGGUUUCAUGGGGAGAAUCAAGUAUGAUUCAAGCUGAAAGGUUAUUUUCCUGA